GAGAUGUCAUAAAUAUCGGUCCCGAUUUAGCAAUCAACCAUUGAGAUGUCUUGUAUUCGACUCUCGGCGGUGCCGGAAAGUCCAUUCAGAGAUCCCUGUCUCAUGACGUCGGUUCAAAUUAGUCUACACUCAGCUGUAGGCGAGAGGUCGUGAAUCCAAUCGACGUCAACUAAAGUCAUGGAACGCCUGAAGCCGUGGCAGGGUGUCCACGACCCGGCAGGAAGUGAGACAGAUACGAAGAGCCAGAGACCGCAUGACAACCUCGACAAAAUAUAGUAUAUAUGGCCUUCAGUACAAGGAGCGAAAGGGAAAGGUAUAAAGUAGGCCUUUUCCCUCGACAUUCAAGGACUAUUCCAGCAACAAAACAGCAUUCCAUCCCAACUUGUCUCUUGACCAUCAUCAUCAAUUAACCAUCUAAUUUCCCCUUCAAUCAACCACCUCCUCCUCACCUCAAGAUGAAGUCGAUCAGUACCGUCCUCAUUGCCCUCCUGGCUACCUCCGUCUCUGCGGGCCCUAUCAUUCCCGUUGUGACCAUCGCCCUGGCCAACGACCAGACUGGUGCACAGGGCAGCGCCGCCGUCCCCGCCGACGGCAGUGUGCAGAGCAUCUCGGCUCUGUACGGAAACACCGGAGUCGGCUCUGGUGGUGUGGUCAAGGCCUCGUCGGCGCAAUUGACCAACUUCCAGGCGAACACCAACUGCGUGAUCACGAACUACGGAUCGGUUCUGGGUACCCUGAACUCCCGGAACACCUAUGUGGAUCUGGACGGAAAUCCGAGUGCUGCGCAGCCGGUGGACCUGAGUGCUGCCACUGUCAAGUGCACUGUCUAGACGCUAUCGCUACAGUGGAAUGCCCCUUAGGAUAAAUGGUGGGAGGGGCUAGAUUUUGGGUCAUAUUGGUCAGAGAGUGUCAAAGUCUAGGUUUAUUGGGGAGGUAAUGCGAGGGAUUUCGGGUUACUCAUGUUGAUAUACAAACAAUGAAGUCAAUCUUCUGCCAUG